AACAUCUAAACUAGGGUUUCAUCUUAUCUCUGCUCAAUUCCUACGUAUCUCCGUAAUCCUUCAAGCGAUUUCUCCACAGAAAAUAAGCAAUGGGAGGUAAAUGUCCGCACAGGAAAGUGAAGAAGAGAAGAUUCUCUCACAAGAGCGCUCGUCGAACCAAGUUCGAACUGAAGGGCGACGAUGCUGUCUACGAUCAUCUUAAAAAACCAGAUUCGGAGAAGCCUGCCUUGCCAAUUGAUGAAGAUCUUCCUGGAAUGGGACAGUAUUACUGCCCACACUGCGACCGGUAUUUCGCAAAUAUCUCUGUGAGAGAUGAUCAUUUCAAAACAAAGUGGCACAAAAAACGUGUGAAGAUGAUGUUGGGUCCUAAACCGCACACGCAAUUAGAUGCUGAUCUUGCUGCUGGGAUGGGUAUGCCUGAUAAUGGUCCCAAACUAAUGUCGUAGUGAUAUGAGUUUUGCUGAUCUUAUGUUUCAUUGGGAUCAAGUUGAUUAGCAGCAGCAGGGGAUAAUUUAUUAUACUAGUAUUUUUGUUCAACUCUUGUCUAUGUUUAAGAUAUUUCAAAUUUUCAUUUCUUCUUAUUGUAAUUUAGUAUAUGUUAAACUGAGUUUCUACAUAAUUUCAGUAAAGCUUUGAUAAUUUAUUAA